AUGUCUGAAACUACGAUUGAAAUACACUUCAAAAACACAUCGUCGUCCCAACGACAAAAUCAAAAUACGAUAACAAUGAUUCGACCGUCGACUUCGUCGCGAUUAAAUGAUAUUGUUAGCCUCGCAUCGUCGGAAGAAAGUUCGGAUUUGUCGGAAGCCGAAGAGAAACAUCUAGUUGACGCAACUUCGAGUUCGUCGGAAAAAGAGACUGAAGAAGAGGAGGAAGAGUUUGUGGAUGAGAUGAAAAAAGUUCCGCGGCAAGAGUUGAUUGUGGAGAAGCGAGUUGGCGGAAUAUUGAAACAUAGUUCAGGUGGAAUGAAGAAAGGUAUUUGGCACUCUACCCGGGGUGGUCUCGAAACGCUGUCCGUGCUUGGGAUUCGAAAAAUUACGAGCAAACCUUGUAGAAAAAGAAAAAAAAAAUGAAAAAGUUUGCGCGGCGGGAGGAAUCGAACUCGGCACCUCGCGAAUAGCGGCAAAACACUCUACCACUGAGCUAGCCACGCAUCUUAGGAUAUAGCGUCGAAUUUUGAUGAAAAGCAGCGAACGAAGCGAGUGUAGACCGCAAGCUUCUGCGCAGCGGCCAUGCGGAUAGCUUGGCGCGCUCCAACUCAAAACUGUUUUUGACUGAAAAACCCUGAAAAAAAGAGAAAAGUGUGUUUUUUCUUCUCAACAAGUCACUGAACCGCGGAUAAUUUCCCUUCGCUCUUUUUUUUGGAAAUAAAAAAAUAGUGCCAGCAAAAAAAAAGAAGAAGAAAAUAAUUGUUUGUGUUCAAGGAUUUUUUUGAAAAAAAUUUUGAAAAAUGAUUUUUUUGUCUUGCAGAUCCCUCGGAAAUCAUUCAUCAUCAUCCGCUGUUUGUGAAGGAUACCUCAAAAUAUUGGUACAAGCCAACAAUCUCAAGGGAACAAGGUUUGUCUCGCGUCGUUUUUUUUUCUUGAAAUGUUUCCUCGACUUACGCUAAGUCAAGUCAAAUAUAAUAAUUGUAUCCGCGACUCUUUUUGCGUCAAAUUGAUGUUGUUUUUGUGUAAAAUUGCGAACUUUACACAAUUUUUUAUAUUUUUGCUCAAUUUCUUUCUCUUUGCAUUCAUUAUAUUACAACAAAUAUGAGUAUUAUUUUUGAAAUGAGCGGGAAAAUCGAGGAAAUUUGGGAAUUUGAUAAUUUUGGGAGAGUACAAGAAGAAGCUACUUGAGAACUAGAAGUUCUAGGCGCAGCUGCUUGAGGACUAGGUUCUUCAGGCGCUGAUCCUUGACAACCUGGUUCUCUAGGCACGGCUACUUGAGAUCUCAAGGAAGCUCUCAAGGCGCGGUUACUUGAAACCUAGGAGUUCUAGGCGAGGCUACAUGAAAAGGAAGCCUUUAGACCUUAGCUCAGAGGUUACUGUAACAAAGAGACUAUCAUGUUCCUUUAAAAUAAUUACUGUAGAUAAAAACGUUCUAUAGGCCCAAGUUUUUAUACGUUAUGACGUGGCAAAAAAUUCCAAAAAUUAGGAAUUCCAGAAUUUUUAGCCACAUCAUUUUCAAUUUCUUUCAAAGUUAUAACGUGGCAAAUUUUUUUCGCAAUCGGAAUUUGAAAAAUUUUAUUUUAUUUCAUAACUUUUCUGAAUUUCUCAAAUUCCAAAACAACCGGAAUUUUUCUAUACUUUUUUUCUCUCAAAAAGUGUGUCGAAAAUCAUAUUUCCUUCUUUCACAUGAGCAAUCCUAUUUAUCCCUUUUUUGUUGAAAAAAAGCCGAAAAAGAUACGUUUUGAUGUUUCAAAAAUUCCCCAAAGAUUUGCGAAAAAAAAAUCACAUCAUAAGGUUCUUGAGACAAGUUUUGGGACCAAAAAUAUACAAAUAUCAAGUUUUGAAUUUUGAGUUUUAAAUGAAAAAAUUAUUCGAAACGUGGAAUUUCGAGUGAAUUUCAGAAAUUUUCGCUAUUUUUUGAACUAUUUCCAAAAAAAAAAGAUUUAUUUUUUUUCAUUUUCAGCGAUAAAUAUGCUUCGAGACAAAUCACCCGGCACAUUUGUUGUUCGAGACUCGAAUUCGUUCCCCGGCGCAUUCGGUUUGGCUCUAAAAGUAUCAACUCCACCGCCAGGUGUCAAUCCAGGUGAUGGAACUGAACUCGUUCGACACUUUUUGAUUGAACCAUCACCGAAAGGUGUCAAACUCAAAGGAUGCAAUAAUGAACCGGUGUUCGGAUCGCUUUCCGCGUUGGUUUAUCAACAUUCGAUUACGGCGCUCGCACUUCCGACGAAAUUGGUGCUGCCGGAUUUUGAUCCGGCUGCAACUCCUGAACAUGUUUCGGCUACACAAGCGCUCUUGGAACAAGGAGCAGGUUUGGAUUUAUUUUUUGGAAAAAAAUUUGAAAAUUCUGAAAUUCAAAAAAAAAUAUUUUGGUGCCAAAGAAAAAUAAUCCACGUGGCGCUAAAAUUCAACAUUUUCAAAUUGAUUGAUAAUUUACAAAAAUCCACGUGGCAACGCGAAUAUUCAAAAAUUUGAACUUUUUGCCGCCAAAAAAUCCGGGAACCAAAAUUUUCAAGUUUAUUCGGAAAUUUUGUGAAAAAUAAUUGCCACGUGGAUUUUUGGUGCCAAAAAUCAUCCGAAUUUUAGCACUAAAAUUUGAAAACCUAGAAAUUUAUUGUGAAAACUAGGAUUUUUGAAAAGAACAAAUUUUGAACUAAAAAUAAAUCCAAUUUUAAAACUUUUUAGAGAAAAAAUGAUAAAAUUUGGAUUUUUCAGAAAAGCUAACUCAAACUUCACAAUUUUCAAAAAUUUAUCAUGAAAUUUUAAAAACUCAAGUUUAUUUGGAAGUUUUGUGAAAAAAAGCCACGUGGAUUUGUGACCCAAAAAAUCAUCCAAAACUAGAAAUUUAUAAGAAAAAAAGAAUUUUUAAAAAAAUCUAAUUUUGGAAUUUUUCAAAUUUUUUGCGAAUAAUUUUGGGAUCUUAGAAAAAUAGUCCACGUGGCAAUAGAAUUCAAAAAAGUUUUUUUUUGUCGCGAAAAAUUUCCCUCUCAAUCCCCGAUUUUUCCAGCCUGCAAUGUUGUCUACGUCGGAAGUGUCGAUGUCGAAUCACUAACCGGUUUGGAAUGUGUCAAAAGAAGUAUCGCCACCUGCUCACAGCGCGCAUUCAAUCAAGACAAUCGAGCCGUCUCCGUCCAUUUCAAAGUCUCCUCCCAAGGAGUUACACUAACUGAUAAUACACGUAAAAUAUUCUUCCGCAGACAUUUCAAUGUUCAAAGUGUUAUUUUUGCCGGAAUGGAUCCGAUUGAAAGAAGGUUCGGUUUUUCUGUUUUGAAAUUUUAGAGCUUCAACUAGUUUUUAACAAUUUUCAGAUUCGAAAAUAGUCAUGCCCUUGGUUUCCACGAGGGAUGUAUAUCUCAAGCUCGAAUGUUUGCAUUCGUUGCUCGAAUUCCUUCCUCAUCCGAAAACGCUUGUCACGUUUUCGCUGAACUUGAACCCGAACAACCAGCCACUGCUGUCGUCAAUUUUAUCAAUAAAGUUAUGCUUGCGCAGAAAAAUCGAUAG